AAUUUUUUUGACUGAAGAGGCUGAGCAUGGAGGAUUCCGACGAAGAACCGCCGCUCGCCGUCGAAAUCAACGACGCCGCUAACUCUAAUCAACUUACGGAAAGCUCAGAGCUUCCUCCGGUCGGCAUCACCGUCAUCACCGGCUAUCUCGGUUCCGGAAAAUCCACCUUGAUCAAUUAUAUAUUGAAAGCGCAACAUGGGAAGAAAAUAGCAGUGAUACUGAAUGAGUUUGGUGAGGAAUUAGGAGUUGAGAGAGCAAUGAUAAAUGAAGGGGAAGAAGGUAAUCUUGUGGAGGAAUGGGUAGAGCUUGCAAAUGGAUGUAUUUGCUGUACUGUGAAGCAUAGUUUGGUUCAAGCAUUGGAGCAGCUUGUUCAGAGAAAAGAGAGACUUGAUCAUAUAUUGCUAGAGACUACUGGUUUGGCAAACCCUGCACCUCUUGCAUCUGUGCUUUGGUUGGAUGAUCAGCUGGAAUCAGAUGUUAGGCUUGACUCCAUUAUCACUGUUGUUGAUGCAAAGAACCUUCGGUAUCAGCUAAAACCAAAUCCUGACUCCUCUUCAUUUCCUGAAGCUUAUUUACAAAUAGCUUUUGCGGAUGUUAUCAUUCUUAACAAGGUUGAUCUAAUUUCUCAAGAUGACUCGGGAGCGGUAUUAGAGGAACUGGAGAAGGAAAUACGUGAUGUUAAUUCCCUUGCUAAUAUUAUUCAUUCUGUGCGUUGCCACGUUGAUUUGUCAAAGAUAUUAAACUGUCAGGCAUAUGAUCCUACUCAUGCUGCUCAUCUUGAAGCGUUGUUAAAGGAGAACAAAUCUCUAACUACUAAAGGCCUUCAUGACAGUGAAGUCAGAACAUUGUGCAUCUGUGACGCACAGCAGAUUGAUCUUGAUAAGGUUCGUAUAUGGCUUGAGGAGCUCCUUUGGGAUAGGAAGUAUGGCAUGGAUGUUUACCGUUGCAAGGGAAUUUUAAGAGUCAGAAACUCAGAUGAACUCCACACUUUACAGGGCGUGAGAGAAAUAUAUGAAAUUGUUCCAAGUCGUAAAUGGAGAAACGAAGAGAUUCAGAUGAACAAAAUAGUAUUUAUAGGUCGCUUUCUGAAUGAAGAGAUCCUUUUGCAGUCAUUACAUACUUGUAUUGUUGGAACUAAUUGACUCGAUAGAAUUUGAUUAGAUCCUAUUUUCUAUCGUUAAGAUGGAAAACUAAACCAAGAAUUCUCU